GAGGUCAUCCUCUUAAGAGUCGCUCUCAGAGGGUCAGAUGCAGCAGUAGGCAGUGUAUCCUUCCCUUAUCAUUAUUUCUGUCCAAAUUUCUUCUUUCAUUUCUCAUCCCCUUCAUCGCUUUUUAAUUCCUUUCUUCGCCCCUUUUUCUUCGUGGCGAGUCGGGCAGGGAGUGCAGAGAGAAUUUCAGUCACUCGAAGCAGGCGAAAAGAAAGCGAAAUCUUUGCUUAGAUCUUCCCCCUCCCUCUCUUUCUCUCUCUAAAAGCCACCACCAGCCUAAGUCUACAGCAGUGGCUGCCUCAAGGAGAGCCGUUCUUGAUGGCGGUGGUGGUGGUGGUGGUGGUUCUUCAAAUUGGCUCCCCACUCCAACCGGCUCGAGAAUCGCCGGAGAGCUCAGCCUCGGCUUCAAUGGAGGACUCGGAGGAGGAUGGCCUGCUUCUGACAGCCCUCCUGCUAGUGGUGGUGGUGGUGGAGGUGGCUGUAGCAGUAGCUCUAGGCUGUCCUCCCAGCACCACCAGCACCAACAGAUCAUUAAUUAUAAUGGCAUACCCCUACCCCUGUCCCUUCCUCUCCCUCCCGACAUAAGCAUGGUCGGCCUACGGGACGUCUUCCUCUUCCACCACCACUCCUCCUCCCCCUCCCCCUCCGCCGACCCUCAGACCCCCAUCUUUCCCCUCCUUCCUCCUUCCCUUCCUCCCCAGCCGCCGCUGCACUCGGUGCCGGCAACACACCAUCUGGCUGCAGGCAUCUUGCCUGUUCAUAACGAAGAUGAUGAGUACCGCAAGAAACUGCCCGAGAUCCAGCUCUGGCACCAACAGAGGGCGGUCGGUGUGGCGGGGAUCGCGCAGGCGGAUGGCGAGUUCAGCAACGGCGCCAGCACCGGCAGUACCACCUGCCAGGACUGUGGAAACCAGGCGAAGAAGGACUGCCCUCAUCGAAGGUGCCGGACGUGCUGCAAGAGCCGAGGGUUCGACUGCUCAACUCACGUCAAAAGCACAUGGGUGUCCGCCGCCCGACGACGGGAGCGCCAGCAGCAGCUCCUCAACUUAUCCUCCGCCACCACCGGGAAGCGGCCCCGCCUUGGCUCUGGUGCUGCCGCCACCACCGGCUCCCUCACGUCCACCUCCGCCACCACUCCAUCUCGCAGCUUUGACACCGGCUCCAGCCACCAAGAGUUGGAGAUGGGCGGAGGCGGUUUGCCGGGGCACGUCACAGCCCCGGCGGUGUUCAACUGCGUUCGUGUGACUGCGGUCGAAGACGGAGAGGGUGAGUACGCUUAUCAGGCCGUGGUGAAGAUCGGCGGCCGCAUGUUCAAGGGAUUUCUGUACAAUCAAGGCCUCGACGGCUCGCGGACCUCGUCGCUGCCAAAUCUUUCAGAGCUUCAUCUUGGUGAUCUUAACGGUGGUGGUUGUAAGAAUGCCAAUUCUACGUCUUUGUCGUCAAUUCUUGAGGCCACGGAUGCCUAUGCGGUCACUGCAGCCGCCGCGGCAGCUUCCUGCUCAAGUGGGAUGCUGGCAGCUGCGAAUUACGGCAACCCAAUAAAUUGAAGGCCAUGGUUGUAGAAGAAUCAGUGAGAAUCAGAUCAACCAGCAUUCGUGAGCAGUCUUCGAUGGUACUAAUAUGGAUGUAUUGGUAGAUAAAUUGAUAGUUAAGCAGAUCGAUAGAUUAGAUAUCAUGGUCGUUUGUCGUAAUUCAGAUCUUCUAGUCUGUACCUUCUUCGUUUCCAUUGUUUAUUCCUCAACUCUGUCUGCGAGUUAGUGAGUUUGUGGGUCGAUCGGUUGAAGGAAUCGCUUGUUUUCUCUGGCUUCGGGAAUUGUGGUGGUUCGUGGAGGGAGAUUUUAGACUUGUUUGGAAAGCUUCAGACGUAUAAUAAUGAUCGGUUCUUGCCAACUUCUUAAGACAGAUUGCUUUUUGAAGUCUGCAAAAGUUUGUACCUGUGCUUUCCCUUUAUCUUUUGUUGGGCUCAAGAAAUAAUAUUUCCUGUGCUUCACAUU